AAUCUGCAAUGCAUCAUGUAAUUUCCACACGCAUGCAUGCGACCCUAGUCGCCCUGAAACCUUGCGAAUGGGCCUCCAGCUCCCUCAGGCGGUGCCGGCGUUGCUGGCGUCGUCGGAGCUGCUCCCUACCUACGUAGGAGAUCGAGUCAGAGAGGGCGCUGGGCAAUGCCCGUGUGUACCCAGUCAUAGUAGUGAUAAAUGUCGCGAAAUUUCCAUGGUAACACAUCGCAGCGUAGUUUCUUUGGACCUACCAACGCGGUCGUUGAAACUCGCUAUAUGCGUUCAUCUUGAUCGAUUUUGAAUAUGAUCUAGUUGGAACUUCGGACACAAGUUUUCAAGACCGUCGGUUGCUAAUGAAUACCCCAAGCAAGAGGGACUCUUCGACAGGCUACGCCGGCAGUUGCACAACCAAAUGUCUGGGGUACCGGGCCCAGACGGCUUCGCCGGCGCCGAAAAUACAUGCCUGGGAUGCAGUGUUUGGGGGUCAUACUGUUUGAUUCACGGUCAAUAUAAUGUUCGAGUCUUCGAAGAGGCCUUCACGACCAACUUUGUUCAGGCUAGCACACCUCAGCUUGCGUUGAACCCCGAUCUUCAUGUGGAACAUUCGGAUCCUGAUCCAUAUCAAAGUGGACAAGAACAAAACUAUCCGCCAUUACCUCUCAACCUUUGUAAUCAAAACCUGCAAGUCCCCCGAAAUCAUGAUUGGUACGCAACCUCGACUUCCUCCGCAUCCAUUCAGGGAUCCUCCAGAUCCUCCAAUCCCGUCGCAGCUGGACAUUUCCACGAUGGCAUCUUCAGCUCUAUUAGUGCCGGCGGCGCAGACAUGUCGGGCUUAUCAGCUGAGAUUGCUGAAAAGUCCGAUCCGUGCUUUCCCCCAACACCAGAGGUGUGCCUAAGUCACACUGGAAACGCGGAAGCGCUUACGAGCACUGUCCUGGGCCACGAACCACCCUUUACCAAUGGAACAGUGACUGACGAACAGAUGUCGAUAUUCCAUCGCUACCAAACAAAAUGGAAAAGCGAACAUCGCUUCCCACGAGAUGAUGAGAUCAACGCUCUUGCUAUCCUCGAGAGUUUGGAUCCUGCCGCUGUCCGCACUUGGCUUGUAGCAAAUUUCCAUCAGGAUCCGGCCUCCAACACCACAGGGAGUCAGAUACCACAGGAUGCAUUUCAGACCAUACCACAAAGCGUAGACUCGGACAUCGCACACAUGACACUUCGAGGCAUAGUACAGGGCGAACCCCAGGUGAUACAGCAAGACAGGCCCCAAGCUGUACCACAAGGGGUACCUCAAGAUGUAUCACAACGCCUUUCACAAGCUCUUCAGGACGUGGAAAGGCUUGCGGCUCGCAAAAAUCAUUCACCCUGCGGCGAAAGCGCACAAGCGAGGCAAGGUCCUCCUAAUCAAGUGUUUAAGUGUCCCCACUGUCCGUUCUCCUCGGAUAAGUACGACAAUUUCAAACGCCACAUCCAGACCAAAUACCCUCAAGAUUUCUGGCACUGCCAACCUUGUCGCCAACGAAGGAUCAAUAAUUUCGUUUGUCAUCGGGCUGACAAAAUUGCGAAACACCUUCGUGACGCCCACGGGCUGACUGGCGAAGACAACGCAACUGCGAAAGAGAGAUCCAAGGUAGACUUUUCGGCUUAUUUCCCGACAGAGUGUCCGUACUGGGACGGCGUUCGGCAAUGUGCCCAGCCCCUGAAUUCAUGGGUUGAGUACAUCACCCACCUCAAGAAUCACUGCCUGGAUCGGAUUCCCAAUGGCCCAUGGGAGCUUCGUGAUCGCCCGGACGCAGACGACAGGGACCAACCUGGCAGCGAUAACGGUGGUUCCUCCGGUGCCAACGCAAGCUCUGGGCUAUUCCCCGGAGGCUCUCAAAGUAGAUACGGCGGGCAAAGCGAGCCCUCGUAUUCGUUCUCGGGAUACAGUCAGUAUGCGAACCAUUCUCCAGGCGGCUGCAUGCACGCGCAGCUGGAAAUUCAAUCUCUGCAAGACAAAUGUUACGCGAUCUCGUCCCCGGACACAAUCUCGCUGGUCGAUACCCUCCAUAGGCGCGUGGUGCACAAGCCCCUCAACGCAAAGUAUCUUGCCUUGGACUACACCAUGGCACUCGAUCAUUGUCCUCACUUGAAACAUUUCAUAAUGUGGACGAGAGCUUCUAAGAAAUGCGCCAGGCUACCUAAAAGUGUCGGAGAUCUUCUCAAGCAAGCAAUUGCUAUGACCAAAGACAUGGGCUACCAGUACAUCUGGAUUGAUAUCCUCUGUGGUCUGCAGAUUGACGAGGGAAAGAGAUCGGGGGUGUAUGAGCAAGCCACUUCAAUCAUUUACACCAGGGGUCAUAAGCCAGAAGAUGAUAGCAUGAACUUCCUCAUUUGCCAUUCUCGAACUCUGCAGACAGUUCGGUCCUGGACCGAGAACACCAAAUCUGUGGUGUCAUUCUCGCAUGUCCAUGAUCUCGGACGCGGCAGUUUUGGGACUGUGGACAAGGUCAAACUUACAUCUGGUGAUCAAGUCAAAUUGACGUCAACUCAAGAGGUUUUCGCCCGGAAAAGAUUCACAAAAUGGAGAGUGGGCGAUCCUGAUCAGUCUGCGCAUCUCCAAGAGAUCGAACUUUUGCAGAAGUUCGAUCACCCAAACAUCGCUCGCUUCGUCGCGGCAUACAUCGAAGAGCAGGCUCUUAACGUCGUCAUGGAGCCUGUCGCCGAUUGUGACCUUAAAAGAUAUCUGCUGCAGCCGUCAAAAUGGCCUGAGAGACGCAGCAGCAUAGCCAAUUGGUAUCUUUCACUUGCGUCCGCCGUCGAACAUAUGCACGAAAAAUGCCAAUUUCGUCAUGGAGAUCUCAAGCCUGAAAAUAUACUGAUUUUCAACAAUGAUGUCCAUAUCGCAGACCUUGGAUUUGCGCAACCUCUUAUCAAGCAUCAGGAUCUCGGGCUUGUUCAGCGCAGUGCAGCGACUACCAGGCAUGCAACCGAUACGCCCAAGCGUAUCAUGUUAACACCGAAGUACAGUCCACCAGGAGCUCUCAGCGGAAGGACCCCUACACAUAAGAGCGACAUCUUUAGCCUGGGUUGCGUAUUUCUGGAGAUGAUCACCAUACAACAUGGUCGCACCCUCGAGGAACUCAAUGCAUUCAUAUUGCAGAUGAGUCCGAACGCCGAGAAGUGCGUUAUAUACUGCAGGCACAUAAAUCGCUUGCGCAUGUGGCUACAAAGCUUUGCGAAACAACAGUUAGAGGCGUACGAUUGGACCGCAAUCAGGCUGUGUUAUCGAAUGCUUGAUCCGGAUCCUAAGGAACGACCCAAUGCUACAGAAAUCAGCCGCAUUUUGAAAGAACAAUACACAACUCUGGCCACUACUCUACAAAGCGCGCGCCUCGUCGCGCCGAAGACGUCCCCUCGUCUCGAAGUAGCCGUCGCCCAUCCUUUGACGAGCUGCCGAGAAGCUGCAUGCUACAUCGGCGUUUGGCGACACCCCAAGAGCUGCAUGAAUGUUGCCGAGCGAAUGUUGGCCAAAUCAUGCGCGGUAAUUGUCAAUUACGUCCACAACGACUCUAAGCAGGUCAAGAGCGCUAGGAACAUCUUCAGCCCAACCACGCUCCCUACCCUUUGUGUCGAUGGCACAUCGGUUGCUAUACCUGAACUGAUGCAUCACUUCCUGCGUGGAUAUGCUCUGACGUUCGCCACCGCAUCAGUGAUGUAUCCCACGCCUGUUCAAGAGCAACGAAAGAGAUGGCAACGCGCAUUUCGUCGUCUCAGGCUCGUGGUCCGGACGCCGUUGAAAGCCAGCGUCAGAAUUGGCUGCGGUGACAGUACGAGAGCCUCCGUUUCAGACAAGAACUUCGCGGUCGAUGCUCAAGAGGCGACGCAUUCCCUGGAUCUGGACAUCCCCGAACCUCUUGAGGUAUCCAUGACACUUGAAGAUGAAGUCUCUCCAUUGGAGACAUUUCAGCCUGCGCAAAAGACAUUGGCAUUCCAAAAGAUCCAGCUUGUGCGGAAGAGGGCGACCUCCCUGCAAUCUGAUUUCAAGCUGGGAGAGAAACCUCCUGCCAAAAAGACCAUGACCUACACAUACAACAUCGAUUGGGGCGACGUCGAUCCACCCAAGCCAAAGCCAGAUUCGACGCACCAUAACCAAAACGUCGCGGUCUUCGAGAGAAGAGACCCGGUAUUGAUUAAUCGAUGCUAUCACAGUGGCUCACAGUACGCUACUUGAAUAAGUACGAGGCAAGUGGUAUCAGUACACUUGUUACCGCCUUAAAAACAUGCAUGGCAUCAUACCAUCUAGCUGCAGAUCACAGAAUGACCAUCUUCGAAGAGUACGUUGAGACAAACUUUUGAGCUAUCCGAGGAUAUUUGAAAUGAUGUAUGAGUUUGGACGGCGUUUGGGGAAUUUAAGUCGAGACAAUAGGAACCCGCUUGUGAGCGAUCAGAUGGUCAUGAGGUGAGGAACGAAAUCGUGCGGCAUUUCUCGGCGUUGGAGAGUUUUAGAUUGAUGAUUCAUAACAUUGUACCAAGAAUGUACGACCGUCGUGCAACAUCUCGCAGCCUUU